AUGUUCAUCAUCAACUGGUUCUGGGACAUUCUUGCCCAGCUCGGCCUGGCGCACAAGAACGCCAAGAUCCUCUUCCUUGGUCUGGACAACGCCGGUAAGACGACGCUUCUGCACAUGCUCAAGAACGACCGUCUCGCCACAUUGCAGCCAACGCUUCAUCCCACCUCGGAAGAGCUUGCGAUUGGCCAGGUCAAGUUCACCACAUACGAUCUGGGCGGUCACCAGCAGGCGCGUCGUCUGUGGAAGGACUACUUCCCCGAGGUGGACGGCAUCGUCUUCCUGGUGGACACGCAGGACCACGAGCGCUUCGCCGAGGCACGCGCCGAGCUCGACGCACUGCUCUCCAUCGAGGAGCUCUCCAAGGUACCCUUCCUCAUCCUUGGCAACAAGAUCGACGCACCCGGAGCUGUGUCCGAGGAGGAACUGCGCCAGGCCAUCGGCCUCUACCAGACCACGGGCAAGGGCAAGGUGCCCCUCAAGGACAUUCGCCCCAUCGAGAUCUUCAUGUGCUCCGUCGUCAUGCGCCAGGGUUACGGAGAGGGCUUCCGCUGGAUCUCCCAGUACAUCUGA